UUCGUUAGAGGAGGGUUAUGAUUUGACCAUAAGUCAGGGAGUCCAAAAAUGCGUUGAGCUUGAAAUUUGAACAGCUAAAAAAGGGGGAAAAUAAAAUAAAUAAAUAAACAAGAGUGGGAAGGAGCGAGCGAGGUUUCGAAGAAAGAAAAUGGCUUGAUUUAUAUUUUGCAAGCCAUAAAAGCCGGAGACUUAUAUUUAUCCAAGGGAGAAACAAGGGACAGAGAAAAGCCGUUUUGUUUCGAGAAAAAAAAAGAACAUAAGCUUUUUUUUGUCUUUCUUUCUUUGUUUUGUAGAUAACAGAGAAAGAGCCACAGCCAUGGCUGACUCAAACGAUUCCAUUCCUCUUGAUACUGAAAAGAUCUAUUUUGGUGGAAAGGAACAUCAUGUACGAACGCGCUGUGGUUCUCUGUCUGUUAUAGUUUAUGGGGACCAACACAAGCCAGCAUUAAUUACAUAUCCUGAUCUGGCUUUGAAUCAUGUAUCUUGUUUCCAAGGAUUGUUCUUUUGUCCCGAAGCGGCCUCCUUGUUGCUCCACAAUUUCUGCAUUUACCAUAUUAGUCCUCCUGGACACGAGUUUCCUUUCUGGCACUUUCACAAGUUCUUGCAGUUGGGAGCUGCUCCAAUUUGUCCAAGUGCUUCUGCACGUUGUGUUGACGACUUAGCUGAUCAGAUCCUAGAGGUUCUCAACUUUUUUGGGCUUGGUGCAGUGAUGUGCAUGGGAGUGACAGCGGGUGCUUACAUUCUUACUCUAUUUGCCAUGAAAUACAAAAAACGUGUUAUUGGGUUGAUACUUAUAUCCCCUCUUUUCAGAGCACCGUCUUGGAUUGAAUGGUUUUAUAACAAGGUGAUGUCAAAUUUGUUAUAUUUUUAUGGAAUGUGUGGACUUCUUAAAGAGCUUUUGCUUCAACGUUACUUUAGCAAGCAGGAAGUUUGCGGUAAUACAGAAAUUCCUGAGUCGGACAUAGUUCAAGCGUGCAGAAGAUUGCUAGAUGAGAGGCAUGGAUCAAAUGUGAUGCAAUUUCUUCAAGCAAUUAAUGGGAGACCUGACCUUACCAGUGGGCUAAAGAGGCUCGGAUGUCGAACCUUAAUAUUUGUUGGCGAUAGCUCACCGUUUCAUUCUGAGGCCCUACACAUGACAUCCAAGUUGGAUAGAAGAUUUAGUGCCUUAGUUGAGGUUCAGGCUUGUGGAUCCAUGGUGACAGAAGAACAACCACAUGCAAUGUUGAUACCUAUGGAGUACUUCUUCAUGGGAUAUGGAUUGUAUAGACCUUGCCAUUUGAGUGACAGCCCAAGGAGCCACUUAAGUCCAUCUUGCAUCUCACCCGAGCUUCUCUCUCCUGAAAGCUCGGGUUUGAAUUUAAAACCUAUAAAAAUCCGUGUUUCACAUUAUACUUGAUAAGACUUUUUGGUUCUAUUUUUUGUCUUUGGAAAAAAGAAAAUGUACAAGGGUAGAAGCAGAUGUGGAGGUGGGGGUUGUAGAUAUAAGGGAAGAAAAUGAAGGAAUAUAGGGAAGGGUAACAUGCAUGAUGCCCUCAAAGCUUGUAGUUUUAAGGGUGCACGGGUUUGGAAUUCCUAUACAAACAAGAGGCUAGUGCGCAAUGGUUUUCUCAUAUAGAUUCAUAAUCUAUUCUUUUGUAGUCAGUAACUAGUGCGCAAUUAUGUAUGUAAUAUAAAGAGGAUUUGUAUUUAUUUAUGAUGAUGAGGACGAGCAAUCAAUAAUGGAGAAAAACUCCGCUGAAUAUUGUAAUACCACAUUUCAGGAUCUGAUAAAACUUCCAUUUAGUGGGGGGAAGGGUGUUUGUUCCAGAUGAGAUGGGAUGAACCAA